UUUUGUCUUUUACAGUCUCCACAUUCUGCAGCGCUUGGUAUAGAUCUUUUCUAUCCAAUCCAUGUGUUUGUGAAUAAGACUUCAAUAAGAAGGGUUAACCCAGGAACGUGAUGGGACCUCUGCUACUUAAAUUGCUUUUGCACGGUGUUCUGCUGUUUGAUACUUUGGCAUGGUAUGUGAGUAUGCCAUCGGAAAUUCAUGGCCUCAGAGGUUCUUGUCUGGUCAUACCAUGUUCUUUUUACUACACAUCAUACCCACCCAAUGACCCACAUAGGGUUGUGUGGUAUCAGUGGGUCUCUAGAGGUUAUCCUUUAGUUUAUGAUCCAUGGUAUCCAAAUGAUGUCAUUGAGAAGUUCAGAUGGAAAACUGAUUUAUAUGGUGAUCCAUCAAACAGGGAUUGCAGCCUGUUGAUUAAAAACCUAGACCUGUCUCACCAUGGAGAGAAAUUAUAUGCAUGGAUUGACCCUGAAAAUGUUGGAUGGCGCACCUACGCAUUUUAUGAUGUCACCUCAACUAUUGUUGUUGACACACAGCCACAGCAGCCCAGCAUUUAUAUUUAUGGAGGUGAAAGGACGGGUGACAAAGUCACAGUAGCAUGUUCAGCUUUCCACACGUGUCCAAACAGCAAACCAACAAUAACUCUGAAUGGUGUAGAAGGAUCUGACAAAAUCAGCGAUGAGUCUAUUAAAAACAAUCUGUGGAAAAUCACUCUGACACGCACAGGUGUCAUAAUGACAGAGCACUCGACUAUUAAGUGUUCAGUAACACAUUAUGGUGGCAUAACAGUGACAGCUACAGAGGACAAAAAUGCAGAAUGUGUUCAUUAUAAAAUAACGAUUGAGCCUGAACUGGCAGAUGUCACAGAGGGCAUCGCAAAAAACUUCAUUUGUAGCGUCCAUCAUUCCUGCCAGAAAGAGAAUCCAACCAUCACAUGGAACUAUGAGAACAUGCAGGUCACGACGAGGAACAAAAAACUCUCUGGUGUAAAUCAGAUCAGCUAUUCCAAUAUAACCUUUCUGGCUGCAAAAGAGGACAAUAGAAGUCAACUGAUUUGCACCGUAAAAUUUUCAAAAGCAAACUUUAACACAUCUGUUGUUUUACGUGUACAACAGUAUCAAAAACCAGCCAGUCCAAUGCAGAAUGAAACCUAUUUUCGACAUGUGGCAGAAGUGAUACCCAAGAUCACUACACUGCAUCGUUCAUGUGUGGUAAUACCGUGCAGUUUCAAGAUGGAGGAAUAUGUCACUCGUCUUCGGGUUCUUUGGGUCACUGAUGUAGGUGGCUACAUGUUCCACACCGACCCAGUCGAUGUCUUGGACAACUUCAAAGGACGCACAAGGCUCCUCGGAAACCCAAAUGAACAUAACUGUACUGUGGAGAUGGAUAAUGUGCAAUAUCAUGAUAAUGGGCCAUUCUGCGUCCGAGCAGAAAGAGAAAAUGAGAGAUACAGCUUCAACAACAGCUGUGUGUUCCUAAUAAUCCGGGCAUCUCCUGACAAACCUGUGAUGUCAUCCCUCCCUGAAGAGAUCGAGCCCGGGACACGAGUCCCCAUCAAAUGCUCAGUCAACCACACAUGCUCCUCUCACCCUCCCCAAAUCACCUGGAGCGUCCCAACAGCCCGAGAAACUAUCAGCCACCGUCACAUGGGUGGAGGCGUCUGGGAAACAGUGUCCUCUGUGACCUUUAUUCCAACUGGAUAUGAAGAGAAAGAUGAAAUUGUCUGCACUGCCAACUUUUGGGGCGGUAGAACACAGGAAAACACAGGCUUCCUCAGUAUUAGACGAGUUCAAGGGGUUGGAAUUGGGCCUUAUGUUAUUGGAACGUCACUUGUGUUCAUCCUAAUUUGCAUAUUUGCUGGAGUCUUCAUUUAUAAGAGACAACACAAACGGCCUCAUCAGGAUAUGCAAGGUUCACGAACACGAUCUGAGCCAAGGAGAUCAAUGUGGAACAGAUUCUCAAGUCGUUUUAGUAUGCCUGAAGGGAGAGCACCUUGGAUUAACAGGGGAAACAGGAGUGAUACCAGGUACACUGGAGAUGCUCCAGGAAGACCACCAAAGCCAGAGCAAAGACGGAGCAUCUGGAGCCGAUUUUCUAGACACCAAUCACCCAGAACCAAUACAAAUCUGAGAGCAGAAUACAAGGCAAACAACACACAUGCAGUGUCAGGAAACAAGCCUUUCUCCAAACCUCAUAUGCCAUCACCAAAGAGUGAGCCAAAAACCUACCAUGGUCAUGAUUAUGAUGAUGGUUUCACCAACCUAUAUGGAAAUGUCUUAUGAAAAUGUUACAUCAGGGCUGUACAUGUGCUCUGACAGGUGGAUGACAUGUCCAGAUUGCAUAAUUUCCUCAUCCUGUUUCCACUGUUCAACAUUGUUUAAACACAAAAAAAUAUUCUGAAAUUAAAAAACAGGAAAAGUCUUUUUAUUGACUUUAAAAUACUUGUAUGUCUUAACCACUAAACAGCUUGA